GCACAUUUCUGUGUUCUUUAUAAUUCAGCUCUGCAUCAAUUGAGGAAGAAAAGUCAAAAGUAGAAAAGAGGAAAGAGUGAGCUACAGGUGGAGUAGCCAUGGAUUUAAAAGCAGCCUGAUGAAACCACACAAAUUUUUUCCUUAUAUGUAAUCUUUUAAAACACGGUGGUUUCACAUUAGACUGUAAAAUACAUCUUUUGGAAAUAUCAACGACAGAACAAACAGGAGUUAUAAAUAAAGCAAUACCAGAAAAAGUGAAAUUAAGAAGAUUGAAAUUAAGUGAAAAUCUUAGCUGGACAUAAUGAACUCCAUUUUAGGAGUCCUGCUGCUCAUGACAUUCAUAGUGGUGUCUGCAAACAACAUCACUUUGUCAACUGGGUCAAUUCCGACUAUAUCGACAGGCACUACAACAACUGCGACAAUUCCAACUAAAAUGACAGGCACUACAACAACUGCAUCUACAACUAGUACUACAGCAUCUACAACCAAAAUUGUACCAGAGAUUAGAAACCUUACAGUUCUUGCACAGAGUACCAGUGAGCUGAAUGUCAGCUGGUCUUCCUACCCCCAAAACUGCACCUUCUGGGUGAUGUACAACUUAACAGAAACCAACUCAACAACUCCACAUCAACUGCUUCAGAAUCUGACAGCGGGCCACAUCUAUAAUGUAUCUGUUUGGGCUGAGUACAAUGGAGAAAAGUCUGCAGUAGAGACUCAGGCUAAUCAAACGUUUAUGGACUGCAAGAAUUAUAAGUGGUUGGUAAAUACCACAGAAAUCUUGGUGAACAUCACAGAGCCAUUUCUGUGUGUAGAAGCUAAACGUGACAAUGAGGCUUAUAACCAGAGUGGUAAAAACAUUCAUUUUCAAAAUUUGUCUCCUGGAUGUGAAUAUAAUAUUUCUAUUAUCAGCGAAUUUGGUUUUACACUUUGCACAACAACUGUGUACCUGGAUCCUUCCCCAGUUACCAACCUGAUUAUCACGAACAGGACAACAAAUCAGACCACAGUAAGCUGGACACCACCAAAUGAUCGUGACGUCACGUUAUAUAAAUACAAUGUGACUACAAAAGAAAAUGUCAUUGUGACUACAAAGGAAACUGUCACUGAGACAAACACAUCGUCAUGCACUAUUGAAGACUUAGAGGCUGGUGUUGGAUAUAAUAUAUGUGUGCAGUCCAUUACUGUUGGGAAUACCAUAAGCUCUGAAACCUGUGUGACAGUUUACACUGAUCCUUCCCCAGUUACCAACCUGAUUAUCACGAACAGGACAACAAAUCAGACCACAGUAAGCUGGACACCACCAAAUGAUCGUGACGUCACGUUAUAUAAAUACAAUGUGACAACAAAAGAAAAUGUCAUUGCGUCUACAAAAGAAACUGUCACUGAGACAAACACAUCGUCAUGCACUAUUGAAGACUUAGAGGCUGGUGUUGGAUAUAAUAUAUGUGUGCAGUCCAUUACUGUUGGGAAUACCAUAAGCUCUGAAACCUGUGUGACAGUUUACACUGAUCCUUCCCCAGUUACCAACCUGAUUAUCACGAACAGGACAAUAAAUCAGACCACAGUAAGCUGGACACCACCAAAUGAUCGUGAUGUCACGUUAUAUAAAUACAAUGUGACUACAAAAGAAAAUGUCAUUGCGUCUACAAAAGAAACUGUCACUGAGACAAACACAUCGUCAUGCACUGUUAAAGGCUUAGAGGCUGGUGUUGGAUAUAAUAUAUGUGUGCAGUCCAUUACUGUUGGGAAUACCAUAAGCUCUGAAACCUGUGUGACAGUUUACACUGAUCCAAGCAAGCCAAUAUUUGAUUUCAAAAAUGUGACUACUAACUCGGUCCAAUUGCACUGGAAAGCUCCAAAUAAUAUCAAUAUUAAAGAUUACCGAUACUCAGUCAACUGGUCUUCAGCGGAUCAAACAAACAAUAAUAUUACAAAAAAUUUAUUCAUGAAUAUAUCUUCAUUGACACCUGGGAAUCUGUACAAUAUAACUAUUCAGUCUUUGAUUGCAGAUGUUAGUAGUGAAGGCCUGCUGUUGAAAAUACGUACAGACCCCGCAAAGAUUCCUCAAAUAAUUUGCCAAAAUAAUGCUGGUGAAAACAACAUACACCUGUUAUGGUCAGUCCCAGAAGGAGUGUGGGACAAAAUCGAAUUGAAUGUGUCCAGUGGAAAACAAUACACAGUCACAAACAGGAGCUGCACAAAAGAAUGCACACAAGAAAUUGAUGGACUGCUGCCAGCAACAAGCUACAAGUUUAUGCUGUUCACUGUGUCCUAUGAUAUAAAGUCUGCUCCGACGAUGAUUGAGUGCAUGACGAGCAUAGUUGGUGUUGCUACUGGCACGACAAUCGCACUUCUCAUCAUAAUUCUUCUCAUCAUCAUUGUUAUCUUCUUUCUGAGGCGAGAUCAAGAACCUUCAAAGCCAUCUGGUUUCCCAAUUAAGCACUCCGACAGUAUGAAGAACAAACCAAUCACAAUCAGCAAUUUUCCCAGUCACUUCUACUGCAAGCACCGUGACACAGAUUUUGGCUUCUCAGAGGAUUAUCAGAGUCUUCGUUCUGUUGGCACAAACCAGUCAACCAAUGCAGCACUGCUUCUAGAGAAUAAGAAUAAGAACCGGUUUACAAAUGUGUUGCCUUAUGACUGCUCCCGAGUCAAGCUUCAGAAAGACCAAGAAAAUCAUUGCUCAGACUACAUCAAUGCGAACUUCAUGCCUGGCUACUAUUCCAGCAAGGAAUUCAUUGCUGCUCAGGGGCCUCUGCCAAACACAGUAGCCGACUUCUGGCAAAUGAUAUGGGAGCAAAAUGUGCAAGCAGUCGUCAUGGUGACAAACUGUCAGGAAGGAAACAAGGUGAAGUGUGAGCAAUACUGGCCUGAAGAUUGUAAACCAUGUGUCUAUGAGGACAUUUUAGUGACUACUGUAUCAGACAAGGAGAUGGAGGAGUGGACUCUGCGAGAAUUUCAUGUGAAACAUGUUAAGACUCUUGAAUCCCGCAUCAUCAAACAUUUCCACUUCACUGCCUGGCCUGACCACGGCGUUCCCGACAAAACUCAGAGCCUGAUUGCCUUCAGGGAGCUUGUCCGCUCCUUUAUGAAUCAGUUGACUAGGAACGCACCGGUGGUUGUCCACUGCAGUGCUGGAGUUGGACGCACGGGUACCUUCAUUGCCUUGGACUACCUCCUGCUUCAACUGAGCAAUGAAAUGGCUGUCAGUGUAUAUUCCUUUGUGCAAAGAAUGAGGAAGAACAGACCACUCAUGGUCCAAACUGAGUCCCAGUACAUCUUCCUGCACCAGUGCAUGCUGGACACCAUUAAUGCCCUUGAAGCCAACUCAGAGCCUGUCUACGAGAAUUCAGAUUGUAUCUAUGCCAAUGAGCUGGCAUUAAAGGAAGUGAACAACUUUAACAGCAUCCCCUCAUAAAAGAUCCAUUGUAAGCCCUUUUUUUUUCUCUGCUCUGAUCUGCCUUUAGUCAAUCACUCCAGAUCGAACCUGAAGGAAACUUUGCAAAGCUACUAGCAAGAAGCCUAAAUCAAGCAGACUCAUCCAGAGAAACUGCCUGUUUUAGUCUAAUUUUGAUUGCAACCAGUCUCAUGUCAUCAGAAUUAUGUCAGAUGGUAUUUUCUUGUUUUUUCUUGACACUUAACCCAGUCCCUCGCUUUGUGUCUAUACCGAAGGUAGGAAUUGUUAAAUGGCAUGAUGGUAACUUGAAAAAAGCUACUCAGCUAUUUAUAACAGUUUGGCUUUGGUUAAAUAAAGCUAGGCUGAUGAAUUCUCAAGUACUGUAUAAUAUAAAUAAUAUGAUGGUCAAGAAAAAGCAAUGUGGCUUUAAAGGCAUUUAGUAAAACAAACAUUCCUGUCAUAUUGAGGAAUGUAGUGGCAUCACCACUCUUUUCUAAAGAAGACAGACUUGUUGACUAUAUCGAUGUCCUUUUAGCCCAGCAGACCUUACAUAGUUUUGAAAUCUGCCACAGGCAUGCUUGAGGGCUUCAGGUGACUGACUUGCAGUGGGACCCACUCAGACCUGUACUUACGUAUAUCCGUCAAUAAGGGAGAGCCACAGAGGGAGUCUCCAUUUCUAUUAACCCUUUGUCCGCUGGGCUGCAUUUUACAAUGCCUCUGUACUGCAGUCUGAUGAAGACUUCAAAGAGUUUAAUAUCUUCCCUAUAAAGUGAAUGACUGGAAAGUUGUCAACAAGAAGAUGAUUUGUCCACCCGUUUUAUAUUUAACAUUCAUUGAGUUUUGAAGUGAAGAAAUAUUUAUUUUUGUGUGAUCUUUUACAGCAGAAGUGUACACUAUAAAAAUUAAGAAUGAUUAUGAGUAACAAUUCUCUGUAUUUUUAUGAAAAAUUAUUAAAAUUAUUACCGUGUUUGCACUUUAUGAAAAUGUAAAAUAAAAUAUAAUAAAGUAACAGCAUUUUGUGUUUUAAACAUCCAAGUUAUUAUAUAGUAGA